GUGUUGCUCCAUUUCUUCUGUGUGUCCACGUGCGCUGUGUGUGUGUGAUGAGCAGAUGAGCUACUAGUGUGAGAUUUAAAUAUCAUAUGGGAUCGAGUUUGUAUUUUUUAUCAUCAGAUCAGAAUCUGAGUUGAGUUUAUGAUGGGGAAACAGAAGCAGAAGUUGAACAAGAAUAUCUCUGAUAAAGUCCGGAAAUCUAAAGCGGCUCCAGAGAUCCAGAAGAACCCAUUUGAGGUGAAAAUUAACCGUAAGAAGUUUGAUGUUCUGGGUCGCAAGACUAAACAUGAUGUCGGUCUGCCGGGAGUCUCACGGUCCAAAGCCAUCAAUAAGAGGAAAGAAACGCUUUUGAAGGAGUUUAGACAGAAAGACAAAAACAAUCAAUUCAUUGACAGACGCUUUGGUGAAUAUGACAACAAACUCACACCAGAAGAGAAAAUACUGCAGAGAUUUACACUGGAGAGACAGCGCACACAGGAUAGGAAGGACUUGUAUAAUCUGAAUGAGGAAGAAGAGCUCACUCAUUAUGGUCAAUCUUUGGCUGAGAUGGAGAAGAUGACUGAUGUGAUUGACAGUGAUAGUGACUCUGAGGAGAAAGGCCUGCUGUCAGCUGAACUCACCGCCGCACAUUUCGGUGGUGGAGGAGGUUUACUGAGAAAGAAGAACGCUGGAGAUGAAGAUGACAAACCCAGAUCCCGACAGGAGCUGAUUGAAGAACUUAUCAUCAAAUCCAAACAGGAGAAGCGAGAGCGGCAGACUCAAAAAGAGGAGGCACAGGUGCUCACAGAGAAACUGGAUCAGGAGUGGAAAUCCAUCCAAAACCUUAUGGCCCACAAAACCCCAAAAGCCGAGAGGAAAGAGCUGCCGGAGAAACCCAAGCUGGACGAGUACGAUGUGAUGGUACGAGAGCUGGGCUUUGAGAUGAAGGCUCAGCCAUCAGAGAAGCUGAAGAGCGCAGAAGAACUCGCUCGAGAGGAGAGACAGCGACUGCAUGCACUGGAGGUGGAUCGUCUGAGGAGGAUGAUGGGAGAUACUGAAGAAGAAUCUGCUCAUACAGACAAACACAUCUCUGCUGAUGACAUUAAUGAUGGAUUCAUACUGGACAGUGAUGACCGCAAAACACUCGCUUAUAAGGACGGGAAAUGGAACCUUGAAGAUGAAGAGAAAGAAGAGGACGCAGAUGAUGAUGACGAAGAUGAAAGGAGCAGAGAGGAGGCUGAAGAGGGUGAAGGUGAUGAGGAAGAUGAGGGUGAAGAUGAGGGUGAAGAUGGUGGUGAAGAUGAUGAAGACGGUCACUCUGACCUACAGUCUGAUGAAGGCAGUGAGGAUGAUGAGGAUCAGGUCUGUGAUGAAGAGGAGGCUGAUGUUAAAGUGACUCCAGCAGUGAAUGAAGAGAAGAUGAAGGCUGCAUCCAAACCAGAGCUGCCAUACACAUUCACAGCUCCUGAGAGUUAUGAGGAUCUGAAGAAUCUCCUGCAGGAUCACAGUUCUGAUGAGCAGCGCCUCAUAGUGGAGAGAACAGUGAAGUGCACUCAUCCCAGUUUAUCUGCAGGGAAUAAAGCUAAACUACAGAAGUUGUUUGGUUUUCUGAUGGAGUAUGUUGGUGAACUAGCAACCCAGAAUCCACCAGAACUUAAAACCAUCAACACACUUAUCCCUCAGAUCUACAGUCUCUGUCAGAUGUUUCCUGAUGCUGCAUGUAAAGUGAUGCAGACGUUGCUAAGCGACAGCGCCCACAGUAUGGAGGAGAUGCUGGAGGUCAAAGGUCGUGCUGCAAUGCCUGAUCUGGACCUGUUAAUCUAUCUGAAGAUCACGGCUCUACUCUUCCCCACAUCAGACUUCAGACAUCCUGUAACCACACCAGCGUUUCUCUAUAUCAGUCAAGCUCUUAGCAAGUGUAGUGUUGUGUCACUGGAGGAUGUGUGUAAAGGUUUGAUUCUCUGCUGUCUGGCGCUGGAGUUUGUGUCGCUCUCGAAGAGGUUUUUCCCAGAGAUGAUGAACUUUCUGCUGGGUCUCCUUCAUCUGACAGUCCCCGAUAAAACCAACACAGAUUAUAUUGUAGUGAGUCCCUUUAAACAGCAGGGGAGAAGUUGUGAUCUUUUGGUUCUGUCGGAUUCAAAGUCAUCUGUGAGCUGGAGCAGAAAACUCAUUUCAUUCAAUACAGCAGCGAGAAACACAUUCAACACUUCACUGGAGAAAGAUCAUCACAGGCUGUCAAUAAUCGACGCGUGUCUGGAUUUAGUGAAGAGAUGCACAUCGCUCUAUACUGAUUUGACAUCAUACAGUCUCAUCUUCCAGCCAAUCAGAACACUUCUCAAUCAUCUUCCUGUUAAGAGUUACCCCGCCCAGAUACAGGAUCUUCAGAAAGAGAUAAUAGAGGCCAUUUCUGAGAAACCUUCCCAGCAUGCACCUCUAGUCUUCAAAAAGAAGAAGCCCAUUCCCUUAAAACUCUUCACACCAAAGAUCGUACAGAUACUGGACUACGGUAAAAAGCGAGGUAACACAAAGGAAGAAAAGGAGAGCGAGCGACUCAAACACAAAUACAAGCGAGAGUUUAAGGGAGCGCUGAGAGAAAUCCGAAAAGACUCUCGAUUCCUCGCUCAGGAGAAACUCAACGACAUCAUGAGCAGGGAUGUCGAGAGGAAGAGGAAGGUGAAGGAGCUCUUUGGCAGUCUGGCCACACAGGAGGGAGAAUGGAAAGCUCUCAAGAGGAAGAAGGGGAAGUGAUGUCAUAGAGUAGUGAUGUCAUGUCUGUUGUUCAUAUAAGAACUGUUUUAACAUUCUGUGUUUUAGUGUUUAUUCUUGUUCUUGUAUAUGACAAAUUUCAAGAGAUAAAGUGAUGUUUGAAUUGUG